AUGUCGUUGACUUUUUCUAAAAGGUCCCAUCAACAGUUUCAACACUGGCUCGUCAGAUUCAGCCUGAUAAGAGAUUCACAUGGCUGUGUAAAUGUCAAGGGAUUCUCAAUAUUCUUAAGAAAAUGCCCGACAACUCUUCAAAUCGCUAUAACGCUGCCUUUAAAUGUAAAAAAUUAUUGUGACAUCUCUACAAAUAAAACUUUUAUAUUCAAUGUUGGACGUGAAGAUUUGUGUCACAAUAUAGUUAAAGACUUUGAAUAUGAUUUGAGAAUAAUAGUUCUUACCUACAAAAGAUCAGCCAGCUUGUUAAAGCUCCUCCAAAGUUUAAAUGCUCUGGAAACAGAUGGAGACAGUGUUCUGCUCGAAAUAUGGAUUGACAGAUCUAUAGAUGGUCAUAUAGAUUCAGAAACAUUAAUAAGUGCUAGAAGUUUUUUGUGGAGAAAUGGCCCUGUACAUAUCUAUUUGCAGUCUAAGCACGUUGGAAUUAUCGGUCAAUGGAUUUAUAGCUGGGUACCUAAGAAGUACAAAUUUAAUAAAUCUAAAAUUAGUAAAAUGUAUCCUUAUGAAAUUGGCUUGAUACUGGAAGACGAUAUAAGCAUUGCCCCUUAUUCAUACAAAUGGCUAAAGGCAGCUAAAAAGUUUUAUAAUUCGACAAAUUACAUCGCAGGAAUUACUUUUCAAAGUGAAAGCCUGAUUAAUGCAGAGUCUGGGAGAGAUUUUAAUCCACUUCCAAGUUUAACUGGUCCAAGUUUUUUCUACAGAUUGAUUGGUAGUUGGGGUUUUGCUCCAGAACCAAGAGUUUGGUUAAAAUUUCAACGGUGGUUCAAAACAAAAACUUUGAAGCAUCCUUAUGUACCAAAAAUUUUAAUGACAAGAUGGUACCAAUAUUUUGAAUCAAUAAAUACUACAGACACGAUGUGGACAAUGUGGUUCAUAUAUUACUGUCAUUACCACAGAUUAGUCACUCUUUAUAGCAAUAUAUUCAAACCUACCAACAAAACUUUCAGAUCAAACAAAAUUCCUAGAAUAAAUCAGGUAGCCUGUUUAGCACUGAAUAGAAAAGAACCAGGCUUACACUAUUCCAAACCAGUCAAGCCAAACACAAAUUGUUUAAACUGGUACUGGAGACCAGAAUACACUGAUUUCAAAAAAGACACGAUACUCUUUGGUUAUAACGGAAAACCAACAAAAAUUGAACUUCUUUGA